UUCAUAAACGAACCCAGAUCCAUUAACCAGUAGGCCCAACAAACCAAACCCGAUUACAAAACCUUGUUGGUUAUAAACUUCCGUCGAAGAAACACACCGGCCGAUUAGCCGACGGCGAUGGCGUUACAGACUUGCACCGUCACUCUUCCGACUUUUUCGAUGGAAUUAUUGAACAGCAAAUCUUGUCCCCGUAGCCACAGGCUGAUAAAUGUCACCAGAAGCCCAAAUUCAGUCACCCGGUGUGUAAGACUACCAACAAGAGCACAGUUGAAUGACCCCUCAGGGAUUAAUCUGCAUAUGAAUAAUAUCAAGGAUAGAUUGUGGUAUGUCAUUCCUAAUCCAGUCAAAGAAUUUUCAUGGAAGAAAGCAGAAUCUAUAGCAUUAAAGCAAUUUCUACUAACUGCAAAAGAGGCGUUGAAGUGGUCUCUCGUUGCUGUGCUAAUUUUUGGUUCGAUGUCAGAUGUUUUAUUCUCCAUCUCCAUGAACAAAGAGUUACUUAUCCCCUUUGGGCUCUUUGUUGGCUGUGUAGUUGCCAACUUUUUGAAAGAGAUAUCUCGAGAAUUAUUUCCCAACCCAGAGGAGGGAAACCUGAGUUGGAACCUUUUGGCUGUAUCUUGCCUUUUUGUUAUGGUAAAAGUGCUAGCCAACUAUUUUACACAAGGAAGACAAGUAUUUAUCUCACAUGUCGUAAAUGGUGUUUUAAUGCAAAUUUUGCUGCCAUGGAGAAGUUCGCAAGAAGUUAAUAGAGACGACGAAAAGAACUCCUCAGUCCUCAGUGAAUGAGGUUUCCGCUACCAUGAAUCCUUAAGAUUAGAACCUUGGUCUAAGAGUAUCAUUGUGUUUCUGUAGUUUUGUAUAUCUACCAUUUUAUUGUAGGAUUGUAAGAUGCCCCAACCCUAUCAAAAUUUGCUAGGUCUGUAGAAUUUCAGUGUGGCACAUCUGCCCCGGUUUGACUCUCAUAUAAGAACUUCAAUUUUGUUGUGUAUUGUGGCAAAAUGAUAAAUGUAUCACAAUUACAGAUGUUUGUUUAGAA